AAAUGAAAGAGCUCCUAAAUACGUUUCCUUAGACUCUCUCUCCUCUCGCCUCUCUCCUCUUUCCCUGCUUCGAUCUCAAUUACAUGGACUACGACUUCAGGAACAGAGGAGGCUCACCGUACGAUUCACAGAUCCCCAUGUACAGACCAACCACGUCGUCUUCCCCCUCCCCCCAUCCGAUGUACGCUCCCUCCCUCUACCCUCGGGUCGGUCAACCGGCUCACGGCGUCGCUCCACCCCUCGGCCGCACCGCCCCCUAUCACCAGACCUCUUCUCCCUCCUCUUCUUCAGGAUUGGGCAUCAGGAUUGCAAUUAAACCAGAAUAUAGGAUAACUCCCCCGCCUCAAAUGUCACCUCACUUUGGAGAUAUUCCUCGGAGCAAUUUCCAGUUUGACUUUGAAUUUGAGAGGAAGAUACUGGUUGAAGCAGAGAAGGAUAGCCAGAAUUGGAGCAGGCUUGGGUUGGAAAACCUUCCUUCUAGAACCACAGAGCCGGCAUCUUCAUUGGGCUCUGUUGCAGAUCCUGUAGUGAGCAAAUACAUUGCAUCUGGGCUUAACCGAGAAGCUGUUCCCCUUGCAGUUGCAAAUUAUGGGGACAAUCCAACCAAGGUGCAGGAAUUUGUUAAGGGCUUUACUCUUCUGCGGGAAAUGGGGUUCUCAUCAACUAAUGUUGCUGAAGCCCUAGUAACUUAUGAGAAUGACACUGACAAGGCACUGGCACAUUUCCUCAACACUUCAUCCUGAGAUCCCAGGAAUGGAUGGUUAUAGAGUAGUGUUUAAAAGUGGUGGUAUUGUACAAACAGUUGUGUAUUGUUGUAUCCAGUGUUAAUAACUCCAAUUAUCUGAUUGUGAAGACUUGUUGCCAAGAAAAGAGAGAGAUUGACUCUUGUCACAGCUUUCGUAGACAUUGAAGUUUACCCAUCAAAGACCUUCUGAAACCUUAGAAUAGAGGCUGCUGGAAAUGGAAUUAUCAACACAUGUUUAUUAUUGUCAUAUCAAUGGAUAUUAUGUAACUAAAAUAUAUUUACUGGUUAUUAGAUCCUUCCAAA